UAGUUCACAACGAGCUUAGUGACAAACACAAACUAAAAAUCCCUAGAUUCAAAUUUGUGCGACGAGUUUGUUGGUUAAAAAUAAUCUUACUUUUUUAAUUAUGUGUCUUGUUUAAAUACGAAAUGGCAGCCAGUCCUAGUUUUAACGAAAACGAACUUGCGAUGUGUUAUUACUACGGUUUUACUUCGUCUCAAUUAGUGGAAGAUUUUCGUGAAAAAACCCAGGAUGUGAUUAAAACCAACAUAACUUCCCUUGAAGAGAUUAUAAAUUUAAAAUUUCCUGGCCAGCAGGAGGCGAUUAAGGAGCAGACAACCAAUCUGUUGAGGCUUUUUCUUGAAAUUGCCGAAACUCCUUUAAGACAAUUUGAAAUUAAAUCACGGGAGAUUUUCGCACUUCCACAGAAUGCUAGCGCUUUCACCGAAGUGAACAUUGAACCUGUUGAGAGUGGAGAGAUUGAAAAAUUGGAGAAGGAGGUUUCUGAGUUAAUGAAGGAGUACAGAGAAGAGGCUUGUUAUAAAAGUUAUUUGGAGAAACAGAUAGAGCGGUAUGAGCAAGUUGAACCUUUACGUCAGGAAAUCGAUGAGAUAUUGAAAUUUCACGAAAAAAAUAAAGUAAAACCGGGCGAGAAAACUAUCAAAGAGUUACACAACGCGAUGAAGACUUUGGAGCUCCAGGUUUACGAGAAGCAAUUAAUAAAGUGAGGUGGACUGUACUUUUUUAUAAACAAAUGCAAAAAUAUUUAAGUAAUUGUCUAUUUCUACUUUUCAUUAAAAUAAAAUUAAAAAAUUAAA